AAAAAAAAAAAAAGUGCUGAAGUUCAGAAUAUUAUCAAUGAUGCUGUGUUGGAGCAGCCUGAAAGAUUUGGCUUUUGGUCUGUGCCUGGUGGCAUCCAAAACAACAUAUAAAAUUCUUUGUGGGCCCAUUUUAAGAGUGUCUUGUUCAUUCAGAGGGCCCUGUGUGCUCUGUUUGUUCCAAGAGCAGACUCACCAGCCAACAGCUGAUUCCUCCCCAGAGGGAAACAUUGCCUAAUGGCCCUCACAGGAGCCAAAGACCAGGGGGACAAAGUGCUAAAGAUAAACAGCUCAAUCCCCGACUGUUCCAGGGCCUCAAUAAAGCCUCUGAUUUACACAUUUGGGGUGGGACCCUGCUGUCCCCACCUGCAGGCUGGCCCUGGCUGGAGAGGUGCUGGGGAGUGUGUUUGUGACCCCCUCUGCCUCUCAGGGAGCAAACUCUGCCCUUCUGUGGCCCCAAUCCCAAAGCUUCUCUGCAGCUUUGCUUUAAGGGGGAAGGAAGACAGAGCCCAGUGCUCUGGUUUUGUCGAGGUGGUGAAUGGGAAGAGCCCACAGGGCUGGAUGCUGAAUGGCACUCGAGGGUUCUCCACUGGCCUGGUGGACUCAGAGAGGCUUUUUAGGGUGCCAUAAUGAGAGGCUGGUUCCAGUAAUUUGGGUACCAGUAAAAAUACAGUCUGCUUUUGCACAAUCAUUGUAUUUUUUUUCCUUUUUUUAACAAGCUUCAGCAACAGCUAGACUGUUAAAUAGUGACACUCCAAAAAUUUAGGGGCCUGUUUUAAUCUUUCUGAGCAUUAACACGGUUCCUACCCUUUUAUCCCAAAGAUGUGAAAGUGAAAAUAACUCCCAAGGUUUCACCUCUCCUUUAUAGUCUUUUAUAAUGAAAUUUUAACCUGGUGGAAGUAUUUAAUCUGUGAAUGGUUACAGAAGCCUUGACACAUUGGAAGCUGAUGGGGUGAUGAAUUUAGUGAGCAGGUGCACAAACACGCUGUAGAUUUUCUGAAAUGGCCAGCUGGUAUUGGGAAGAUGGAGAGGACUUUGAACAGAAUUCAUCCAGUUUCUGAUCCAGAAGCAACCUAUUUUCUGCAGGUGUCAUGGGAAAAGGAUUUAGGCACUGGCUUCAGUUUACUUCUUAGUGAUUGUCAGUGUGCCUGGACUGGGAAAGUGUCUGAAGCAGACAUUUCUAGGGAGGCUGCUGACAUAGAAAUGGACAGAGAAAAAUAUGUGGAAGAGCUGAGGAAAGCACUGAUAGCUGGAGAAGAGUCAGCUGGCAAAUACAACUUUGUGAUUUCAAGAGAUGAACAGAAUAAGGCCUGCCACUUUUCCUAUGAAAGGAACCUGAAAGACGGCUCUUUCAGACUUGGAUCUCUGAAGCUGCAGGAAGUCCCAAGCCCAGCAGAGGUGGUCAAGGAACUCAUUGGUUACUGCCUGGACAGCCUGGGACAGCUGAAGGCCAAAACUGAGCAUCUGCAGAGAGAAAAUGAAAGGCUUUUCAGCAACUGGAGUGAUGUGGAGAAGAGGCUGGAAAAAUGCGUGGAAGCUAAAGAGGAGCUGGAGGCUGACCUUUACAGCAGGUUUGUUUUGGUGCUGAAUGAAAAGAAGGCCAAGAUAAGAAACCUGCAGAAGCUGUUGAGUGAAGCUAGAGAAUCUGCAGUGGAUGCCAAAUGCUCCAGGGAUAGUAUAGCUACUACUCAGAUGGUUAUAAAGAGAGAAAACAACUAUGAUGCCAGCACUGAUGAGGAAAGUGAAAAUCCAGCAGGGGCCUCGUUGCCAUCAGCUCCGGAACGAAGGGAUUCCUCCCUCCUGGCCAGCCCAGACAUUGUGGACCCAGCUCCAAGGAGAAAACGAAGGCAAAGGGCAGCAAAACCUGCAGGGACAGGACCUAAGGUGGCUGCUUACGAGGCAGAGCAGCCAGCCCAGGAGAAACCUGGCCUGGCCUCGCAGGGGCAGCGCUGCCCAGAUUGGGAUCUGGAAACUCUGGAGAACUCCUGUGAGCCAGAGGAUCUCUUUGAGGACAUGUAGCCACAUCUGGCCUGGGCAGAGGGGACAUGGUGCUUCCAGCAGGGAUGAGGAAUAAACUAAAAGUGUUUUUUUACAGAAAAAAAGCCAAAAUCUUUGCUCUGAGGCUCUAAAUCCUCCCUCGCUGCGUUCUCCCAUUCUUACAGACCCUGGUCCUGCUACACCUCAUUUGUGAGGUCUAAAAGUUGGGUUUAGCCUCUGUGUAAACCUUUUAUCACCUGUGUGUGGGAAGGGAGAGCACUGUGGGUGUGUUUUUGCAUCCUCACAGGUUGUGUUCAGCCUUUUCCCAGACCCCAGGCAUGGAGUGAUUCCACUGCACUCAACAUUUCCAGCUCAGUCUGGGUAAAUCAGCUUUAUUUGAGGUGCAGGUGUGACUUUGGGAGGGUCUGUUCUGAGUCAAAACAUACAAAGAAAUGUCCUUUUACUGUGUGGCACUAUGCAUUAUAAGGUGUUCUUGCUUUUGGGAGUAGAGUGCUACUCAUGUUGAUAUUGAUUCUAUUUUAACUUUCUGUAGAAACCCACAGUGUUUAAAUUUGUGAAUUUUUGAUACUUCAGCUUUUUCCUUAAGGAGUUUUCUAAAAAAAAAAAAAGAAGAAAAAAAUAAAAUGCAUUUGAAAAAGAAAUCAAAUUUGUCUUUAUCUGUUAGACAUUGUGAGUGAAGGCACUAGGUACCAAAGCAUGUUAAUGCCUGAGCUUGUCCUGCCCCAAACUGAUGCAUUCAUUUGGACUUAAGUCUUCACCAAAAAGACAAAGUUAACCUGCAUUUACCUUCAGUGGCCAAAAUGAAGAGCCAAACGUGGACCUCAGGUUUCUGCUUUGCAGUUUCUAGAGCCUGAAUCCAUUCUUUUUUAAAGCAGAAGGAUACAGUUCUUUCUGCAGGAGGAAUCCCACUGAACUCAGUAGUUGAAAUCCUCUGUGCUCCAUGGGUUGCAAAGCUCUUUGGUAAAAUACUUGAUAUUUUCAAAGUGGCUCUGAUUCUGCUUCCAGAAUUCCAUCCUAUAUUCAAUUAACAGCAUCCCUGUCAGUAUUUGCAGGCUCCACACAACAACAUGGGGAUCUGGGAACAUUAUAUUUAAGCAUUCCCCUCUCAAAAAAACACAGUCACAGCAUUUUAAAUUCACAAAGGGCUCUGGGACAGUGUUAUAAAUCACGCAGCAAAAAUAAGAAUGGCCAAAAUAUUUUGCUUGCUAAAAAGGUUUUGUGGCUGGGAAGUGACAGGGCCACAAAAGAGCCAUUCAUGCACCCAUUCACAGGCACAGCCUGAUUUAAAAUCUUCCAGUGCUGAUCUGACAAUGCUUUCAGCAAAAGCUUGUGUAUGGUUUCAGUUUUAAAAUGAAAAUGUUCCAUGACUUAACCCAGAGUGCCAGAGCUUGGCUCGAUGGUGCCUGAGCAGAAAAUGGAGGUGAAGGGAGCUGAACAUCCCUCACAUCCCCACUUUCAGAGAAUUGUUGAGUUUCUGAUAGCAAAAUGUUGUGCAAAUAGGAAAUGUUGUGCAUUUUUUACAUUACAGUAUUUACACGUGUAAUAAAGUCUGUCAGAGAGUUUAUUA